AUGAUUUUAAGAUUUUUAUUAAACCAUAGAUUUUCAUCUUAAUAAUAAUAAAGUAAAUAACCAAAAGAAGAAGAAAGAACGUUCUAAGAAGAACUUGAAUUAACACAAGAUAGAAAUACUGAACCUGAACCCGAAUAUGAAUAAUCAACUACUGAAAAAAGUCAAUCACUUUUUGGAAAAAUAAUGCGUUAUGGCUUCUAUACAUUUUUAGGAGUUUUUUCUUAUUAAUAUUAUUUAAUUGGAAAAACAUAAAAACCUGAAUAAGAAACAGGAUACAUUAAACCUGUUGCAAUUUUAGCAAAAAAACAUAAGAAAAUAUCCAUGGAUUUUUCGCAUAAACCAUUCUCUAAAAAAUUACUACCUGAUCCUUCUUUUAUUGUAUAUGGACCAAUUUAACCAAAAACAAUAGUAUUAAAUUUAUCUGGAACAGUUAUUCAUACAUCCUUUAUUAUGGGAACAGGACAUAAAGUUUAAAAAAGACCCGGCUUAAAUUAAUUACUUUAACGUUUAUCACGUUUAUGUGAACUUGUUAUAUUAUCUGAUGAUGAUACGUUUUUUGUUAGUUAAGUUAAAUAAAAUAUAGACCCUGAUGGUUAGUUGUUUUUAAGAGAUUUUGGAAGAGAAUCUAUGGUUUAUGAUAAAGGGAGUUAUAAAAAAGAUUUAAGAUAUUUAAAUAGAGAUUUGAGAAAUGUUAUUGUUAUUGAUAAUGACCCAGAAAGACUUCCAGAAUAGUUUAGAGAUAAUGCAAUAUUUUUAUCUACUUUUGAUGGAAGUACAGACGAUAAUGAAUUAGUUUAAACUCUCCCUUUAUUAGAAAGUAAAUAUAUAUAUAUAAAAAUUAGUUAUUUUGUUUAUAAUAGAAUUGGUAUAACCUAAUGUUAAAGAUAUAAGAGAAGAGUUAAAAAGAUAUGGAAACAAAAAUCCUGGUAAAAAAUACUUUGAAGAAUUAGAAAAGAAAAAAACUGAAUUUUAAAAUAUGUAAAAAAAAGCUUUUGGAGGAUUUUUAAGAGGGUCUUAAACUACUAAUCCUAGUUUUAAAUAAUAACAUUGAAAGAAGGGAUAAAUAAAUGAUUUUUUUUUUAUUUUGAGAAAAUAAAUAAAAAGUAUAAUUAUAAAAUAUAAAAUUUA